GUCCCACCCUGUUUCGACCCAAUGACAUCUACCUUAGCGGGCAGAUCAAAUCCCAGCGCUUGGCACUCGGUACUUUGGACCAACAGCUGGGGGAUUUGCCCUGACUGUCCGGGGGUCAAGGCUAACAGCAACGAGUGCUCGUCGUAUUAAAAAGCCUGCAAUGUACGCUGUUUUCUCCAGAUCAUCCUCUUUACGAUCAGAAACAACGUGUCUUACACAAUUGCAGUCAGUCAUCGACGCCACCAACAACAAUUCCAAUUUCACGCUCGCUGAGAAAAAUGUGUGGCAUAACGGGAGGUGGUCCAACACAGACUCGAUCCAGACACUCACCAUGGGCGGAAGUGGUACGUCUGGUGGGCUCCGCUUCAUAAGCGGUACCGGGGAGGAGUUCCUUGUUGUGCUAGGCAUCCACAACUACAAGAGGUGGUGCUACAUCAACACUGACCUCGCACCUCCAGCCACGGCAACAAAUAUCCACCCCGAGUACUACACGGACGGCAACGCUCGGAACAGGUUGCUGUGGGAUCAACGGUCUGAGAUCCAGGAGACCAGUGCAAGGGGAACCAAGGUGGAUGUGAAGUAUGUCCACGAGGCGGCCGACAGCAAGUCCUUCGUCGUUCACAUCACCAUUUCUUGAAUAUCUUGAAGUUGUGCACACCGCUCUCGUACCAAAGCAGUUGUUGAAACAUGGCGUACUUGCCUCUGAUAGAUUUUCUCUUCCCAGAGGCGAUAUAAAUGCAUUACACAUCUUGUCAGCAAAAACACUCACCAUC